AUGGAUCUCGUCUCUACCCCGGGAACCUCUGUGCGAUACAAGACAACUGCGAAAGGCCUUGAUAUCUAUUUCGACGCAUGGCCACCCGCCUCCACGAACGAGGCAGGAACGCACAGAAGACCUGCCUUCAUCUACUUCCACGGUGGGGCUCUGGCAUUUGGAAAUCGAACGAACUUCACACCAUCCUGGCUUUUUGAACGAAUCACUGGCUUGGGCUAUAUCUUCAUCUCCGCUGAUUACCGUCUUCUUCCUUCGUCUACCGGUCAUGAAAUUCAGGAGGACGUGGAGGACCUAUGGAAGUUUAUAAUCGAUCCAGAUCUAGUGUUGAAUCUACCCAGCUCCCCUGGGUCUGACACGACAACUCCAUUAAAAGUGGAUGCUGACUCGUCGAUCGUGGUUUCGGGGUCGAGUGCUGGAGGAUUUUGCGCCUACCUCGCUGCUAUGCAUUGCAAGUCGCCUAGGCCAAAGGCGGUCCUGUCCAUCUAUGGCAUGGGAGGAGAAAUCUUCUCCUCCUAUUACCUAGCUCCUAAGAGCGAACAUUUCACUUUCGUAGGGGAGUGGAUGGAAGGCCCCAAGAACUACUACCACCCCUUCGAGGGCACCCCUUUCAAAGAAGAGGCGGACUGCCCACUCGUCCCAGGUUCUGACGGCCUUCCACAAAACAACAUCCGCCAUGUGGCCGCCUGGAUGUACCUCCAGGAUGCCAUUUGGCUGGACUACUUCACCGGUGAAUACGACCCAAGCCUCAGUUCGGCCCUUCGAAAGAUCUGUGGCUUCGAGGAGCGUGUAUCGCCGAAUUUACAAACCGUCGCCCUGGAUCCCGCGGACGAAAAGACUAGGCAGGAGGCGACGGCAGCCAUACCCGAACGCCAUCGCAACCUGUUCCCUCAGUUAAAUGUAACGAAGGAUUGGCCGCCCACCGUCUUCCUACAUGGCACGGCAGAUACCGCUGUCUCGGUUCUAGAGUCGGAGAACCUGGGAAGGCUGUUGGAACGUGUAGGAGUGCCUGUAGAGGUGGUGAAAGUUCCGGGAAUGGAACAUAAUUUCGAUUUCGAUUUCGACGUCAAGAAGAAGUGGGGUAAAGAGUUAGACGCUGCUAUUUCUUUCGUAGAGCAACAUGUAUGA